AUGUCGACCCCGAAGGGCGCUUGUGCCGGAGGAGAGGAGAGGAAAGCCUGUGCUUGUGCACGGGGAGGCACCGCCUCGGUCACCUACUCGGGAGCCCUAAUUCAAGAAGAGUGGGUUUUGAGAGAUGAGAAAACCGACAUAGAAGGGACCUUAUUUGUUUACAAAAGGUCAGCUUCUCCUUAUCAUGGUUUUACGAUAGUGAAUCGACUGAACAUGCAUAACCUGGUUGAACCAGUAAAUAAAGAUUUAGAGUUUCAGCUCCACGAACCUUUUCUUCUCUACAGAAAUGCUAGCUUGUCAAUUUACAGUAUCUGGUUUUAUGACAAGAAUGACUGUCAUCGAAUAGCAAAACUCAUGGCUAAAGUGGUAGAACAAGAAGCUCAGAGAUCGCAGCAGGUUUCCCAGGACAGAAAAAGUCCCAGCAGAACCAAUGACUGCAAUGAAAACAGGACCAUUGACAUCCUGGAAAUGCUUAGUAAAGCUAAGGAUGAAUAUGAACGAAAUCAGAUUAGUGACUUAAGUAUUAUAUCGAGUUCUGGAAUGCAACAAAAUGCAAAUCCUCCAAAGCCAGAAAGUACAGAGCCUUCAGAACAAAAAACUUCAUUACAAGUGCAAGAGCAGCCAUUUCAGUCCAGGCAGAAGCAUCUGACUUUGGAGGAACUGUUUGGAACCUCUGUACCAAAGGAACAGCCUGCAGCUCCGUAUCCCAAUCUGGAGAGAAUGGAGAAGUUGCAAGCUGACACCUCUGCCAGAGAGCAGCACAGUUUGCUCUUGCCUUUUUCCUUUGACCAGUCAACAGUAAUACAACAAUCAGUAGGGAAAUCUGAAAGUCCCAGCGUUAAAACCAGUGCCAAUCCUUUGGAUCACCAGGAAUGUUUAACACCUAUGCUAAUACCUCCAGCUUCAGUUUCCCAGCCUGAUAUAAAAAAUGUUUCAAGCUAUUCAGUUCGCUUAAGCCCUGUUCUUAAUUCAGCGUCGACAGUGGAAGUUGCCCCUGCUCAGAUGCUUCCUGGCCUAAAACAAAACAACAAUAUAAUGCAAGUUAUGCAGCAAGCUGCCAAGCAGAUAUCCCCACUAGUGAAUCAGCCGCCAUCUGAAGUGAACCACGCUCCACAAAACCUAACAGCUGGCCAAAGCCAGCUUAUAGCACCCUUGACAUCAACAAAUACAGGAACUGUCUCAAAUACAUGCCAUACAAGUGUUGAUCUUCUCCAGAAACUCAGGUUGACCCCACAGCAUGACCAAAUGCAACAGCAGCCUCUUACUAAGACUUCCUUAACACCAAACAUCUCUGCCUCAGUUGGCCAACUUGCAACACCAGAAAGCUUCAAAGAAUCUCACAGUAAGCCAUCAGCCUUGAACAGCAAGAUAAUCUCUCCCCUUCAGACUGUACAACAAAACAAGGAAUCAGAAGUAUUUCCACAGCCGAAGGCUUUGUCUAAAGCAAGUCAAGUUGCACCGCCGCAGUUUGUUACAACCACAACUACAGUAACGCCUUCAAUCCUCUUGUCUCCUAGUGUUUUUCAGCAAUCGGCUACAAAAGUUACUGAAGUGGAGAGUAAAGCCAGUUCUUCUUCGCCUUUAACACUUGGAACAACAGAAAUUCAGACUAUACCUCCUACUGUUCUCAGUAGGUCUCAGCUUCAAGAAGCACUGAUACAUCUAAUAAAGAAUGAUUCCCGUUUUCUCAGCACUAUUCAUGAUGUCUACUUGCAAGUCCUAACCAAGAAUACAGACAACAUUAAGCUAUAA